AUUUGAAAAUUUCUAAUCGAACUCAUACUAUGAUGUGAAUGAAUUAAACUAAAUUAUUGGGUUUAUACAGGUCAAAAUUUUAAUUUCUAGCAUCUCUAUGACAAUUCACAAUACUCGUAGUUGAGCCUUGAGUUGGUUUAGCCGAAAAAAAAAAAAAACCCGAAAAAUUGGUGAAAACGAAAGAGGAGGAGCGGGAAGUUAAACCCUACACUACGGUGGCCGAGAAAUUACACAGAAAUAAAAAAUGGAGAAAACAGUGGCGACAUUGGAGACUGGAACUGUAUGUUCUGCUUGGAAUUACAGCGCUCAAAGAUUAGCUACUGGUUCCAUCAAUGGCCUCCUCACUAUCUUCGAUUCUCCUGACCCUGCUUCUUCUUCUCCAUUUUCUCCUUCUUCCUCCUUUCAGGUACAUGAGGGUAGCAUUGUGAAGGUGUUAUGGGUUCCUCCAGAGUAUGGAGAUGCUGUCGCGUGCGUUUUGGAUGAUGGUACUUUGUCAUUGUGGGAAGAAGUCGCAGGAGAUGGGCAAUCGCUUCAGUGGAAGAUUUGCACUAAGUUUCUGAAUAAAAAUGCCCGUGUAUUGGAUAUCCAAUUUGGAGGUUCCUCUACUUGUUUGAAGUUGGUUGCUGCAUAUUCAGAUGGUUAUGUCAAAGUCUACGAGCUUCAUAAUCCCUUGGACCUGAACACUUGGCAACUUCAGGCUGAGUUCCAGAAUGUUAUUGACUCGGUAUCUAAAUUUGCAAAAGCUUCAUGCUUAUCAGCAUCCAUAUCGUGGAUUCCACAAAAAGGUGAAAGCCAGCAAUUGAGCUUUGUUCUGGGGUUCAAUUCAGAUGUACCACAACUCAAUUCUUCCAAGGUCUGGGAGUUUGAUCAAUUACAUCAAAGGUGGCUUACUGUUGCUGAGUUAGCUUUACCUGAAAACAGUGGUGAAAACAGUGGUGAUCCAGUGCAUGCUGUUGCUUGGGCUCCAAAUAUUUGCAGGCCAUAUGAAAUCAUCUCUGUUGCUACUCAGAUGGGUAUAGCAAUAUGGCAUGUUGGUUUGAACCCUGAUGUUGACGGGCAUCUCUCAGUGGAGAAGAUAGCUUUGUUAUCAGGUCAUCAAGGCGAGGUAUGGCAAAUGGAGUGGGAUAUGAGCGGAAUGACAUUGGCAACCACUGGGAGUGAUGGGGUGGUCAGGCUUUGGCAAUCUAAUCUGAAUGGUGUCUGGCAUGAGCAGGCAGUCUUGGAACCUACUUCGUAACCUUGUAACUGUCCCUUGUAUUACGAAGUAUCUCAGUUGACCUGCAGGGCUGUAUUAUAGUACUGUAUGCAUAGGAUUUGCCUAGAAUUUCUUUUGGUAAUCAAAUACUAGAGCAGAUUUGGAAAUACGAUAUGGGUUUUUCACGAGUCUUGCCAUUUGUAUUGCAUCUUGCAUAUUGUAGUUGCGAAUGACUGCUUUAACAACCAAUUUUCGUUUAAAGCAACAUUAAC